CCUCCCUAUCUCUCUUUGUCAAGCAUGUUCUUCACUUGGGCACGUCUCCUGGGAGGAGUUUUUAGCCAGACGGUCUCCUGGUUUAACGGGAAGCGAGCAGCGCUAACGAACCAUGUUUCCCCUGGCGCUGCUCUGCCUCUCCCUGCUCCCCCUCUCCUGUCUCUCUUCACCGGAAAUCACGCCCCCCUCGCCGGAAAACAUCGUCGCCGAUCAGCUUGCUCGCGCGUGGAACGAACUUCGAAAGUUUCAGGAUGCACCACGCGGCAGCGAAGUCCCCGGGAUGUCAAGAAUCAAGCAGUACCUUGGGAAGUUCGGCUACUUUCCGGCGGGUGACAGUUCCAACUUCUCCGAUACGUACGACGAGAACCUCGAGGCCUCGCUCCGCUCGUAUCAAUCCAAGCUGGGCCUGCCGGUUACCGGCAGUCUGGACAGGUCCACUUUGGUUCAGAUGGUUGCCCCUAGAUGCGGGGUCCAUGACAACCACGGCUCGGGCUCGGGCUGGUCUGGCCUGCCCAGACGGUACGCCUAUUUCCCGGGUCGGCCUAGAUGGAUGCCUGGUCGCACUCAGCUAGCCUACUGGGUCUCGCCGACGGACACGACCGACUACUUAACUAUAGACGACAUCCGGCAGGUAGUUGGCCGAGCCUUUGCCAAGUGGUCGGCCGCGAUCCCGAUUGACUUUAUGGAGACCCGGUAUCUGGAGGAUGCCGAUAUCCGGAUCGAAUUUUACGAGGGGGACCAUGGGGAUGGCGAGCCGUUUGACGGGGUGCUGGGGGUGCUAGCCCACGCAUUCUCGCCGGAGAAUGGCCGGCUGCACCUGGACCGGGCCGAGACUUGGGCUGUGGAUUUCAAGUCGCAGAAGUCAAAGGUGGCUGUGGACCUGGAGUCAGUGGCCCUGCAUGAGAUCGGGCACCUGCUGGGUCUGGGCCACUCCUCGGUCCGAGACGCGGUCAUGUACCCGAGUCUGCUGCCCAGAACAAGAAAGACCGAGCUGACCGCUGACGACGUCGAGGGCGUCCAGUCACUGUACGGGUCAAACCCCAAUUUCGACCCGGCUUCCCUCCAGACCGUUGGCCAGUCCGUUGACUCCGAUGCUCCUCCGGCGUCUCAUUCCCAUGCGAUUUUUCUCCUUCUUCUCUUCUUUUCCAUUUAUUUGUGCAAUUUUUCUAGGAAACAUUAUUUCGAUUUUUUUUUUGUUUAGCUUUUGAUUGGUUCUGUAAAUCUGGAAACGAACACGUGUCACGAUCAGUGGUGUAAAUUCGAGGAUAUUUGGCGCUUGAUUUGUAUACGUUUGUGGGAGUUUUUAAAUGCUUUUUCAACUUGCAUUGAAGAUAUUUUUCCGCGGUGAUAUUUAAAUGCCGUUAUAAUCAAGAGCUUCGU